GAGAGGACAGAGACAGACAGUCUGCAGGGAAGAAGACGAGAACCACGAGCUGAAACUAUGAACCCUCCUGGGAACACUUCAUCGUUUAGUCGCUGACCAAGAGAAUGGGUGCUGAACUGUAAGAAGUAAGAUGGCCUCUGACAGAAUGGCGACUCCUCAGAGCAGCUCCAGACAGAGCAGCUCGCUCUCUUCAUCUCCAAUGAGCACCCGGAUGCAGUCUCUCCAGGUCGACUCUGUCCAGCGCUGGAUGGAGGACCUCCGCCACAUGACCGAGGUGGAGUGUAUGUGUGUCCUCCAGGCCAAACCCAUCGGGGUGGAGGAGGACUCCCAGCAGGGAGAGUUGAUUGUGGGCUCCGGGGUCGGUGCAGGGGAUCAUGUGGCCAGGAACAACCUGCAGACGCUCCUCCGCCGAGCGCUGGUGGUCAGCACGGAGCUCGGCAAGAUGUUCCAGCGGCUGGAGAAAGGACGCUGGCAGAGGGUCCACAGCACCGCCGUACGGGCUAACUGCCACGUCCGCUCUCUGGUGCAUGAGUACAGCACCGCGCGGAGCACGCCACCUGAGAUGCAGAAGUAUGAGAAAUCUUUGUUGGACAAGUGCAUGGAGCUGACGAACAUUACAGAGAGGUGCCUUCACACUGAUGAUGAAUUCUUCCUUAAAUCCAUGAGAGAGGCCAUCCAUGACAUCCUCACUGAUGUCAGUGAUUCAUUCAGCAACAUGAUCGACAUGGCCUUAGCUAAUGAGAUCCGGGUCCUGAUCAAACAGAUUGAAUCAUCGGACAGCAUUCACACCAUCGGCAGUGCCAUUAGCAACCUGCUGUCCCUCACACAGGAUGGACCUCAGCUCUGCAGCAUCAUUGCCAAGGAAGGAGCUGUGGUGGCCCUGUUUAAGAUCUGCAGGCAGGACCGCUUUAAAGACCUCUACGCUCACGCUCUGAGAACAGUGGCCUCUAUCUGCUGUGUGGAGGAGGGCAUCAACCAACUGGACAAGGUGGAUGGGAUCCUGUGCCUGGCCGACAUCCUGACUGAUGAGAGCAGUGUGGAAGCAGCCAGGGCAGAGGCAGCGGCCGUCGUGGCUCAGAUCACCUCGCCUCACCACACGUCCACACAGCACCUCGCCAGCUUCCUGGAGAGCAUGCACGACAUCGUCACCGCGCUCAUAAAGUUGUGUGAGAGCGCCUCCUGCGGUGAAGUGUUCCUUCUUGCGUCUGCAGCCUUGGCCAACAUCACCUUCUUUGACAGCAUGGCCUGUGAGAUUCUCCUGCAGCUUAAUGCCAUCCACAUCCUGCUGCAGGCCUGCAAAGACCGCCAGAGGGUCGACACACCCUACUCCAAAGACCAGGUGGUGACAAUCUUGGCAAACCUCUCAGUCUUAGAGCAGUGUGCCUCUGAAGUCCUACAAGAGCAAGGAAUAGAGCGACUGCUGCUGCUGCUGGGAGAAAAGCCAUCCUCCUCCAGUCCAUCAGAGGGCGCCGCCUGUGAGCGUGUCCAACAGAAAGCUGCGGUCACACUGGCCCGUUUGAGCAGAGACCCUGACGUGGCCCAAACAGCCAUCCAGCUAAAAGCUGUUCCUCGUCUUAUUGAACUGUGUCGGUCCCCUACUGAGAGAAAUAACAGCGACUCAGUGCUGGUUGCUUGCCUGGCUGCCUUGAGGAGGCUUGCAGCAGGGUGUCCAGACAGCAUCGAAGCAGCCGACCACCAGCAGCUCAUCAAACCACGUCUGGUCGACUCUUUCCUGCUGUGCUCCAACAUGGAGGAGAGCUUUGUAUGACAGCCUGCACACUAAACACUGAGAGCGGAGAGCUGAACUCAUGUACGAGAUCAUAUUCAUAUACUGUUUCAUGAUGCAGAGAGGACCAAAAGGCAGUUUCUCUGCAAAUCAUUCUGACUGAAGCUUUGUUUGUCACUUCAUGUUUGGACACUCUGAAUUUGAUAAACGGAGUGAAACUGCAUUGUGUCAGUUUGAAUGGAUGCAGAAGACAUUUAUAUUUAAAUAUACAUAUAUGU